UAUCAUUUUUAUGAACCUCCCGAUACGUUGAGCAGCGAUGUUACUGUGAAGUCUACUAUUUCUAAAACAAGUUUGCCUCGUUCAACGAUGGUGCUUGAUGCCACGACACUUUCAAAUUUACGAAUUACUGGAGAAGAGCACUCACUUUAUGCAACUUUGGAUAACUGCUGUACAAAAUUCGGCAAACGCUUGCUUCAUUAUUGGCUUUGCGCACCUAGUUGCGAUCUAAAUACAAUUUUAGAACGUCAAAAUGCUAUAACAGAUUUGAUGGAUCAUCCUGAGCUCUUGCAGGAGCUUCGCGCGUUAUUAACUCCGAUGCCAGAUUUUGAGCGACAUUUGGCCCAAGUACAUCUUUUUGGCAAUAAAACAAUAAUGCAAAAGCAUCCAGACGGACGUGCUAUUUUGUUUGAAGAAAAAUUGUAUAACAAAAAAAAAAUUCAGAAUUUCAUUUCAAUACUCAAAGGUUUUGAAAUAUUAACUCAAAUUCCCGACAUGUUGAAAGAUUGUUCCUCUGUUUUGAUUAAACGUAUCACUCAAACGUCUGACAAUGGCGGAAUAUUUCCCAAGAUGCAUGAAUUACUUCAAUUUUUUAAUAACGCUUUUAACCAUGAGGAAGCUGCAAAAACUGGAGUUGUUGCUCCUGAGAAGGGUGUAGACUCCGAUUAUGAUGAAUGCGAAGCUAAAAUUAAAGAUAUCAAUCAAUCUUUACAAGAUUAUCUUAAAGAACAAGAAAAAUUUUUCGGAUGUCGUUUGGCUUACUUUGGCACAGACAAAAAACGAUUCCAGUUGGAAGUUCCUGAGAGCAACGCUCGUAAGGCGGGUAAAGUCUAUCAAUUAGAGGGGCAAAAGAAAGGAAACAAACCAUGCAGACGUUUUUCUACAAAUGAAACAAGGGCAUUUCUCAAGCAAAUGCAGAAUGCUGAAAUGGAACGUGAUAAUAUACUUAAAGAUCUCGCACGUCGUAUUUUCGAAAAGUUUUCAAAUAAUUAUUCCGUUUGGAAAUUGUGCACGGAAUGCAUUUCAAAUCUAGAUGUUCUCAGCUCUUUAGCAGAGUACGCACGUCAGCAAAAUGUAUUGUGUAUUCCAGAAUUUAUUCAACCUGAGGAUAAUAACUGUCAACCAUUCGUGGAUAUAGAAGAGGGUUAUCAUCCAUGCGUAUCUUCUGAUACUUACAUACCAAAUGGUAUUGUACUUGGUUCUCCUAAUGUUGCGCCAUUGUCCAUUUUAACCGGUCCUAAUAUGGGUGGUAAAAGCACUUUGAUGAGGCAAGUUGGACUACUUGCCGUAAUGGCACAAAUUGGUUCACAUGUACCAGCUCAGAAGUACAGACUUUCCCUAGUAGAUAGAAUUUUUACGCGUUUAGGUGCUCAGGAUGAUAUGUUGUCGGGACAGAGUACUUUUCUUGUUGAAUUAAAUGAAACAUCUUUAAUAUUAAAACACGCCACUGUACAUAGUUUGGUACUUUUGGAUGAAUUGGGUCGUGGCACUGCCACUUAUGAUGGUACUGCUAUAGCAGUUUCAGUUGUUAAUUAUCUGGCAGAUAUUAAAUGCCGCACACUAUUCUCAACGCAUUAUCAUAAUUUAAUUGAUUUCUUUCAAAAAGAUCAAAGAAUUACUCUUGGGCAUAUGGCAUGUAUGGUGGAAAAUGAAGAUGAUGAUGAUCCUACACAGGAAACUGUUACAUUUUUAUAUAAAUACUCACCUGGUGCUUGUCCAACAUCAUACGGAUUUAAUGCUGCAAAGUUGGCAGGUAUGCCAACGCCAAUUAUCAAGAGAGCAUAUCAGCUCUCGAAGAAAGUAGAGGCUAUAGCUUUAAAACGAAAAAUUACUGCUAAGAUUCUGACUUCCGCUGGCGGAGGUUUGUCUGCUGUUACUGACAUACAAAAUUUACUAAGACAAUUCAAAAAAUGCAAUGUUUGAAUUAAAUAGUUUUUGUUGUCAUCUCAAUUAAAAUCUACAAUUAAUGGUUAUUAAAUGCUGAAAUGUUAAAU